AUGACCAAAACAGCCUCGACAUCGGACCCGACAGGCUCGCUACGGCCAGGGCAAAUAGCUGAUGGUCCUUUACCAGGCUCCCUAAUAACAGGAGCACUGCCACUCCGUACCGUCUCGAGCCCAUCCCCCGACGAGAGCGCCGGCUAUUUUGCCCCUGACCAUAAUGACCUACCGAACAAGAGCACUAUACAGAUCGUUCCGGAAGUUCCUAGCACGUCGGUGUCGAGUAUUGGACCCAUAGAGGAAAGUCCAAGAGCUGCUAUGAACGUGCAUUCGCCCAACCAACUUACCUCUCAUCCCACACCCUCUGUCACCGGCACAGUCACUCCAAGGCGCCGAAGCGUCCAGUUUGCUAGGACCGAUGCCGAGCUUGAAGCACAGGAUAUGACACCAUCAAUAGCCCCGUCUUUAGUCAUGGAGGACGGAGACUUGACAGCUGCUGAUCGUCGUGGCGGAUCGUUUCUUUCGAAACUAAAAGCCCUCGCGGUGUAUCCUACCUUCCCGACUCAUUCUCGAUCAGCAAGCGGUGUCACAAUGGGAGGUGAACCGGCAGACGGUAGACCUGGUAACGAAAAUUUGACUCCAGUUUCGGAGCGGGGACCAUUCCGCUUCACUCGAAACAUGGAAGAUGGUAGCGAGGCGGAUGCCGAUGGAGAAUCAAGCUGUGGAGAAAACAAAACGCGCAAAAAGCGCAAAAUGAAGCUACGAGGUAGAUAUGGAGAUGCGGGCUCCCAAACUGCACCGUCGUCUCCUAAAACUCCUGAGCGACCCAGACUCCCUGGCGCUAGCUCAUUGACCCCUGCUGAAGAUUUUGAUCCAAACCACUUAUCUCGAAGAGCCACGACAUCCUCUAUGCCUUUUCAUGCGCGGGAAGGGGUUUCCGAAGAUGAAGGGCGGGAUAGACUGAAACGGGACUGGGGGCGCCGUAGCGGCUGGUUGCAAACUGCCCGUGGCCUAAGCUAUGGGGGAAAUUUCCGUCACGAAAGUCAAAAUUCUCAAGAUGACAGGAGACCUAGCAAUCUACGGCGGCUUACCGGGCUUGGAAACCCAUCUGAUGGAACAGAAGGGAUCGCUGCCGUGUGGAGAAGACACAAAGCGGAACGUGGAACUAGCCUCAGCGCUCAGAAAUGGCGACAAAUCAAAGCUGGGCUUAAAAUGAUUGGUCAGAGAAAGAAAGCUGAGCCGACAGUCGACCAUGUUAAAUCAGCCGAAUUAUUAGCGGAGUUGACCUCUGGCGUACCUGCCGCUCUUCUACUUGCCAGCAUGUUCCAGAGAGACGAACACGGGAGCAGACGUAUACCCAUACUCCUGGAGCAGUUGAAGCUUCGUAUUACAGACAGCCACUUUGAUUCUCAUUCGGGUGAUCGCCAUCUCGUUUUUCGGAUUGAAUUGGAAUAUGGGAGUGGAAUGACACGUAUGAAGUGGAUAAUAAACAGGACGCUUAAAGAUUUUGCAAACUUGCAUAUAAAAUACAAACUACAGAUUGGAACCCAAAAAUAUAUCCAUCUAAAAAGCCACGAUUCUGCGAAAGCCUUACCACACUUUCCUAGGAGUGCUUUUCCAUAUCUACGGGGUGUCAGAGGCCUUGAAAGUGAUGUCGAAGAUGAAGAAGACGAUGCCGAUGACACCGCGGCCGAUGUUACUAGUGGAAAUGAGAAGGCUGCAAAAAAGAAAAGACGACGUUCCUCAUUUGCAGCAAUCUCUCGUCGGCAGUCAAGUCUAGCAUCUCCUUCAGAAGCAAACGCAGCGUUGGGCUCAGCCGUAGCAACCGAUGGCAACAUAGAGCCCCCUACUCCUGGACUUUCGAAAAGAGAACCUUACCCGGAAAGGCAACGCAAGAAGCUCGAGAUCUACCUGCAAAAAAUGAUACGCUUUCUCAUAUUUCGGCCGGACAGCAAUCGCUUAUGCAAAUUUCUAGAACUCUCGGCAUUGGGCGUCCGUCUUGCCGCAGAAGGGAGUUACCAUGGCAAAGAGGGAUUUCUUAUUAUUCAGUCUUCCAAAGGGUUGGAUUUUAGAAGUGCAUUGAAUCCUUCCAUGAUCAAAUCUCGACAUUCACCCAAAUGGUUUCUAGUUCGACAUAGUUAUGUUGUGUGUGUCGAUUCUCCUGAAGAGAUGCAUAUAUACGAUGUGUUUUUAGUAGAUCCGUUUUUCCAAAUUCAGGCCAAAAAAGGUCGCUUAAGAGACAAGAAGCCAAAAGAAAUUGCAAAGUCUGCAAAAGAAUCUGCCACCCAUCCACAGCACCAUACUCUAAAACUGCAAAAUUCUGAACGCAAGUUGAGACUCCUAGCCCGAAAUGAACGCCAACUUCAUCAGUUUGAAGAUUCCAUACGGUUCAUGGUGGAGACUACGCCCUGGUCCAAGCCUAAUCGUUUCGACAGUUUUGCCCCAGUUCGGACCAAAUGCUUUGCGCAAUGGUUGGUCGAUGGCCGUGAUUAUAUGUGGGUAGUGUCUCGCGCGAUUAAUCAGGCCAAAGACGUGAUAUACAUACAUGAUUGGUGGCUGAGUCCAGAGCUUUACAUGCGUCGGCCUGCUGCUAUCAGUCAAAAGUGGCGUCUAGAUCGGCUUCUUCAACGCAAAGCCCAGGAAGGGGUAAAGGUUUUCGUGAUCAUGUAUCGCAAUAUUAACUCCGCGAUACCUAUUGACUCAGAAUACUCAAAAUUCUCUCUUUUGGAUCUCCAUCCAAAUGUUUUCGUACAACGAUCGCCCAAUCAAUUCCGACAGAAUACGUUUUUUUGGGCUCAUCACGAAAAGCUGUGUAUUGUGGACCACACCUUAGCCUUUGUUGGUGGUAUUGACCUAUGCUUUGGUCGAUGGGAUACACCACAGCACCCGCUGACUGACGACAAGUUAACAGGCUUCGAAUUGACUGAUGCCCCCAAAGAUGCUGAUCACUGCCAACUAUGGCCUGGUAAGGAUUAUUCCAACCCUAGAGUGCAAGAUUUCUAUGAUCUCGAUAAGCCAUAUGAAGAAAUGUAUGAUCGAGAGGUUGUACCACGCAUGCCAUGGCACGAUAUCUCCAUGCAUGUUGUUGGGCAACCAGCACGAGACUUGACGAGACAUUUUGUGCAGAGAUGGAAUUAUAUUCUCCGCCAACGCAAGCCAACGAGACCAACUCCAUUUUUACUACCGCCCCCUGAUUUUAAUCCUGCGGAUUUGGAGGCACUUGGCUUGGAUGGGACCUGCGAAGUCCAGAUCCUACGUUCAAGCAGUAUGUGGUCUACCGGAACCCCUGAAGUAACUGAACAUAGUAUCAUGAACGCCUAUGUCAAGAUGAUCGAGAAAUCCGAUCAUUUUGUUUAUAUUGAAAAUCAGUUCUUUGUGAGUAGUUGUGAAGUUGAAGGGAAGAAAAUUGAAAACCUAAUUGGCGAUGCUCUUGUCGAAAGAAUUAUCCGUGCUGCCAAGAAUGGAGAAGAGUGGCGUGCGGUGAUCCUUAUCCCAUUGAUGCCUGGGUUCCAAAAUACUGUUGAUACAGAAGGCGGAACGAGCGUUCGGCUUAUCAUGCAAUGUCAAUAUCGCAGUAUAUGCCGUGGUGACACGUCCAUAUUUGGCAGACUACGUGCCCAUGGCAUUGAGCCUGAGGACUACAUUCAAUUCUUUAGUUUAAGAUCAUGGGGUCGUAUUGGUCCAAAGAAGCGCUUUGUCACUGAACAGUUGUAUAUCCACGCAAAGUGUAUGGUCGUGGAUGAUCGUGUGGCGAUCAUUGGAUCUGCAAAUAUUAACGAGAGAUCUAUGUUAGGAUCGAGGGAUUCAGAAUGCGCGGCGAUUGUACGAGACACCGACUUGAUUUGGUCUACAAUGGGCGGCAAACCGUAUUUAGUUGGCCGUUUCCCACAUACUCUACGAAUGCGUUUAAUGAGAGAGCACCUAGGUGUUGAUGUCGAUGAGGCUAUGGAGCAAGAAAUGGAGGCAGAGGUAGAAUCAACACAGUCUAGGCCUGAUGAUAGCGACUCUUGUAUCAGUGAUCGUCAGCAAGGCGCCGAUAAAUGGGGUGAAAAGCAAGAUGAAAAAGAGAUUCUCGAGCGAAGACAUCGCAUUCAGGAUGAAUUCCUUGCCCGAUCAGAAGACAUGCACAGUUUCAACCACGACGUUGACUGGGAGCAAGCUAACAACCCUAAUCUUAAGUCCAACAGGAAGCUUACAGCAGAUGCUAGGGUUACUAGAAACCCAGAUCAUCGGAAGGACUUGGAAGGGUUGGGCGUGGAUCGAAUGCAGGCCCUAGAUGAAGCAGGACAUACUAAUGGCCGAGACUCUUUUCUCGGACAGGAUCGUAUGGAAUAUUUGACAGAGGAGGGCGCUACUGAAGAGAAACACAAGAAUCACAGCGACGGGCACCGCCCUAGUUCUCAGCCACCAACACCCCCAGACCAAAAGAAGCAUUAUGAUGAUAAUCCUUCCGCUAAUUCUUCGGCCAGCCCGGUGCUCAUUCGCCCUCAGCCCACAUUCACAAAUGAUGACAAUGCUUCUCCCCGGUCAUCACAGGUUGCGCAGCUUCCCGAUAGCUCUCAUCCCUUAUUGUCUACCCUGACGCGUCCUUCUGUGGACAAAGACUGUAUGCGAGAUCCCCUAUGCGAUACCUUUUACCUUGACACUUGGCAGUCUAUCGCUGAAAAUAAUACCAAGUUGUACCGAAGUGUAUUCCGGUGUAUGCCAGAUAGCGAAGUCAAGUCUUGGAAAGAGUACAAAGAGUACACUGCUUACGUCGAGAGGUUUGCCGACAUGCAAAACAAUUAUUUUUAUGAUGCCAGCGGACAAGCUCUAGAGCCUGACGCUCACACCAAACUCCAGAGCGGUGCUCCAGGAUCUAGUUCCAUGCAUCCCAUUGGUAAAUUUAGCCAUGAUAACGAUACGACAGGGAAUGAUCUGAAGGAAAGCGUCAACAACCAGGCGUCGAACGAAGCAUCUGCUGAAGAGAGCCUCAAGCAAUGGGCAGCAGAAGCCAAUCGGGCUCAGAUUGAACGUCAGCAGGAGGAACUUGCCAAGCUAGAUUCUGCGGCCGGAGAGAAAUCUGGUUUGAAGACUAUGGAUACGAAAUCUUCAGAUUCCAGUGGCAAUGCCGAGCACUCGGUAGCAUUUCCAGAUAUGGAAAAGUCAUUAGAGCGUCAGCGGAGCAGUACCCAGAAUUACUCCGAGGCACUCCAUGCGAAUGCGUCCCAGUCACAGCGACGAAGACGAAGAGGCACUACUCGCAGCUCUAAGAAGGAGUUCCAUGCCUCUGACGAUAUCAUCAGCAUGAAUGAAGUCGAAGAAUUACUCGAUAGGGUUCAGGGUCAAUUGGUUUUGUGGCCGUAUGAAUGGUUGGAGCGAGAAGAACAAGGAGGCAAUUGGCUAUAUACCCUUGAUCAGAUCUCUCCUCUUGAGAUAUAG